UACCAAAUACUUGAGCGAAGUACGAAUCCAACAUGUCUGCGCCCUGAAGGAGAGACAGAAACAGAAAUAGAAACAUCGUGAAAGCACAAGACGACAAGCAGUGUUCUCUCGUUGGCUCGGUGGCAAGCUGGAAACAUGUCAAAGAUCUCCAAGGCGGCCAAAGCCGUGAAGAAGAUGGAUGCAAGUGGCGUGAUCCGGGCUAUUGUGAGGUCGGGGCAGGCAGCCCCCGGGCCACCGCUGGGCCCAGUCCUCGGACAGAGAGGAAUCCCCAUCGGGCAGUUCUGCAAGGACUUCAACGAGAAAACCAAAGAGAUGAAGGAAGGCAUCCCUCUUCCAAUCAAGAUCAACGUGAAGCCCGACAGGACGUACGACCUUCAAAUCGGUCGGCCCACCGUCUCGUACUUCCUCAAGCAAGCGGCGGGCAUCGCCAAAGGAGCCGGAAAAACAGGGCACGAGACGGCCGGCAUGGUGUCGGUGCGAGCCGUGUACGAGAUCGCCCGUGUGAAAGCGGAGGACGAGUGCUUCAAGAUUCGGAACACGUCGCUGGAGAACGUGGUGAAAAGCAUCGUGGGCUCGGCACGCUCGCUGGGCAUCAAGGUGGUCAACGACCUCUCCGCUGACGAGUACAAAGUGUUCUUGGAGCAGCGAGAAGAGAAAUUGAAGGCGGACGCCGCGGCGGCUGCCGAGGCUUCGGCUGCCGCUGAAGCGCCACAAAGCAAGAAGAGAUAAAACAUUCACGCGUUACCGCGGCUCCUUACUGACAUCUAGCGGCCAUAGGAGCUGCUACACUGCCCUCCAUGGAAAGCCGGCGAAGCAUUUGUUCCAGAUCGUCCGUGUACGCGUACACUCUUUGACCUCACUGGUAAAGACGAUUUCGUGCACUAGUAGAACAAACGUGUUUUUUGUUGUUGUUGGGUUUUUUGUUUUUUUUAACCACUUCUGGCAUUUCUGCAUAGGACAACCGCAUCUGCUAGUGAAGCGUUCAAUGUUAAUCGAGAUGUCAUAAUGAUACACUAGUAGUGACUUAGUGCACAAUUUUACCUCAUUAGUGUCCUAGUAAAAUGCCAACGGUGUCCCACGAGUGUUGACAAAUAGCGUGACUAGUACAUCGACCUUAAGCAUUCUAUGAAGCUGUGGUGGAAUAAAUAAUGUUGCUAAUGUAACACAGUAGUUUUCUCGUAACGUUUAAAUGCGGACUGGCAGGCCAAAAGUGGCAUUUCGUUGCCCUUGUCGUUCUACUCGUCCACUGAAUUGUCUUACUAGUGAGGCCAAAGCCCGAUUUCCUUACCCACCCAUUCCUAUUUAUACACAUUGUAUACAAAGUACCAGCACUGAAUAAAUCCAAUUCAAGUCUUU